AUGGGCCUCACACUCCGCUUAGCUUCCCCCUCCCUCCCAACCACCACCUCAGCCAUCAUAUUCGUCCCCUCCGACACCGCAUUCCGCCGUCACGGCUCCCUCCCUCUCUCCCUUCUUCAAUACCACAUCAUCCCUUCAAAAUUCCCUCUCCAAUACCUCACAUCUCUCCCAGUUUCCACUCCUUUACCAACUCUCCUCCCAUAUUCCCAUCUCACCAUCACUUCAAAUUCCCUUUCUACCCCUCACUUAUCCAUUAACAACAUAACCGUUUCAACUACCCCUCUCUUUGAAACCCCCUUCCUCCUCAUUCUCACUAUCCACGAUUUCUUCAAUUCGUCUUCUCUCUUUCUCCCCGAACCUACUCCCGAACCUCUGCUUCGUGUCCUCCAAUCCAACAAUUGUUCCGCAGCUGCCGCCUUUCUGGAAACUGUAUUUCCGGAAUUUACGGACGGCACCAAACUAACUGUCUUCGCGCCACCAGACGAAGCCGUUAGAAACGUAACAGUUUUAAGGAAACACGUGGUUCGAGGAUUGAUUACGUGGCGUGAUUUGAUUCGUCUACCUGGUGGUACUCUGUUACCGAGUCUCUUUGACGGGUUUGAUAUUAAAGUAACGGUUUUUCCUCGUUUAAGAUUGGUUAACGGCGUGAAGGUUAUUGCUCCGGAUAUGUAUCGCGGUGAGUUUGUUGUUGUUCAUCGUGUUGAUGGAUUGCUAGAUAAUGGCAUGGUGUAG